GGAAGCUGAGCGAGCGGAAAGCCAAUAUUCUCUGCUCCCAAAUAUCCAAUAAGUUUGACGUGGGACUUCGAAAUUGGAAUUCUAUUAAGAAUUUCUAAUGCUGUAAAAGAAGUGGGCAGUUUUCUCUCGAUGGACACCCAGUACAGGAAGAAAACAUUGUCUCAAUAUUGCUGGGACUGCGGCGAGACAAUUCGGGACAAGUACCUCCUAUAUGCUCUGGAUAGGUACUGGCACACGGCGUGUUUGAAGUGCAGUAUUUGCCGGAUCACGCUAGCGGAUGCUGGAGCAUCGUGUUACACAAGAGCCGGACUCAUACUCUGUAGAGAUGAUUACCUGAGGCUCUUCGGUCGUGAAGGAGAAUGCCACGCUUGCAGGGAGACUAUUCCAGCAAACGAGAUGGUGAUGAAGAUUCAAGGCCUGGCAUACCACCUCAAAUGUUUCAUGUGUUCCAGGUGCCACGGGGCCCUGGCCCUCGGGGACAAGUACCAGUUGUGGGAGGGUCGCCUUCUCUGCGACAGAGAGUGUCUGAGGCUCUUCAGGCGCAGCGUCAAUCUGCCACAGAGAAGAGCCCCCAAAUCACCACGGGUCGCAUCAGCGGCUAAAACAUGACACGACAUUCACGAUAUUGGACUCGUUAUUGGUAGAGACGAAUGAAUGUUAAAUGUUGAGAAAAGGCGAUUGGACGUCUAACAUAUGUCACUGAUGUGUAUGGGGACAAGAUGGUAAUUAGAACGUGUCUUGGAGUGGUCGUAAUCCUUUUUUUUUAUAAGAUGCCAAGACAGAAUGUUAAAAUUAAAGCAAAUUAUGAAAUAUUCAUGUCAUAAAUCAAAUAAUUUAUCAUGCCAUUUAUUGAAAACAUCAUUUUAAUUGUGACAUACUUUUGAAAAUGUCAUAUCGAAACAGUAUGGCUUUAAGUUUCACUUCAAAAGUGAGCAACAAUUGUUAUCAAAUUUUACGUUUGUUGAGAAAAUUUAUAUGAUCAUUUCUGCAAGUUUUGUAGUUGUUACAUUUUUAUAAAAUAAAAUCAGUUGAAAACUUAUUUUAAAGAAUUGUGUCAUAUUUGGUCUCAUCAGUAUGACGUAUCAGCAUUAUGAAUAUCUCCAGUGCUUUAU